AUGUCUGGCCAGCGCGCGUUCGACUUCGAGGACGUCGAGGACCGCGACGGCGUCCGCCUCUCGUGGAACGUCUGGGCUGGCAGCCGCAUCGAGGCGACCCGCACCGUCGUCCCCAUCGGUGCCCUCUACACCCCGUUGAAGGAGCGCCCCGACCUCCCGCCCGUCCUGUACGAACCCGUCACCUGCAAGGCCCCCUGCCGCGCCAUCCUCAACCCGUACUGCCAGAUCGACGUCCGCGGCAAGCUGUGGAUCUGCCCCUUCUGCCUGCAGCGCAACGCCUUCCCGCCCCACUACAAGGACAUCUCGACCUCGAACCUGCCCGCCGAGCUCCUUCCCAAGUACACGACGAUCGAAUACACCCUCUCGCGCCCGGCCCAGAUCCCGCCCGUCUUCCUGUUCGUCGUCGACACGUGCCUCGAGGACGACGACCUCAAGGCCCUCAAGGAGACCAUCAUCGUCUCGCUCAGCCUCCUCCCGCCUCAUGCCCUCGUCGGCCUCAUCACCUACGGCACCAUGACGCAAGUGCACGAGCUCGGCUACACCGAGUGCCCCAAGUCGUUCGUGUUCCGCGGCACCAAGGAGUACACGACCAAGUCGAUCAUGGAGAUGCUCGGCCUCGCGCCGCCGACGCGCCAGGGCGGCCCGGGCGCACCGCCGGCCAACGCGCCGCCACCGGCCCUGUCGGGCGCCGCGCGGUUCCUCCUCCCCGUGUCGCAGUGCGAGUUCAGCCUCACGUCGGUCCUCGAGGGCCUGCAGCGCGACCCGUGGCCCGUCGCGAGCGACCGCCGCGCGCAGCGCUGCACGGGCGUCGCCAUGAGCGUCGCCGUCGGCCUCCUCGAGACGACGUUCCCCAACACGGGCGCGCGCAUCAUGCUCUUUGCCGGCGGCCCGGCGACCGAGGGUCCGGGCAUGGUCGUCGGCGUCGAGCUGCGCGAGCCGAUCCGGUCGCACCACGACAUCGAGCGCGACAACGUCAAGUACUUCAAGCGCGCGACCAAGUUCUACGAGCAGCUCGCGAGGCGCGCGGCGCAGAACGGCCACGCCAUCGACCUUUUCAUGGGCUGCCUCGACCAGGUCGGCCUGCACGAGAUGAAGUCGCUCGCCAACUGCACCAACGGCUACAUGAUCCUCGCCGACUCUUUCAACAUGUCGCUCUUCAAGCAGUCGUUCCACCGCGUCUUUGUCAAGGACGACCAGGGCCACCUCCAGAUGGGCUUCAACGCCACGUUCGACGUCCAGACGACCAAGGAGCUCAAGGUGUCGGGCCUGAUCGGGCACGCCAUCUCGGCCAACAAGAAGUCGGCCUGGGUCGGCGAGACCGAGAUCGGCAUCGGCCAGACGUCGGCGUGGAAGAUGUGCUCGAUCUCGCCCCGGACCGCCAACGCCGUCUACUUCGAGGUCGUGACGCCGGCCGGCCAGACGCUCGCGCCCGGCGCUCGCGGCAUGAUCCAGUUCGUCACGCACUACCAGCACUCGUCGGGCCAGUUCCGCCUGCGCGUGACGACGAUCGCGCGCAACUUUGCCGAGCCGGGCAACCCGGCCAUCUCGGACAACUUUGACCAGGAGGCGGCCGCCGUCCUCAUGGCGCGCAUCGCCGUCUACAAGGCCGAGAUCGACGACAGCCCCGACGUCCUGCGCUGGCUCGACCGCAUGUUGAUCCGCCUGUGCCAAAAAUUCGCCGAGUACCGCAAGGACGACCCGUCGUCGUUCCGCCUCAACGACAACUUUAUCGUGUACCCGCAGUUCAUGUUCCACUUGCGCCGGAGCCAGUUCCUCCAGGUGUUCAACAACUCGCCCGACGAGACGGCCUACUACCGGCACAUCCUCAACACCGAGGACGUCAACAACUCGCUCGUCAUGAUCCAGCCAACGCUGAUGAGCUACGCGCUCGAGACGCCCGCCGAGGCCGUCCUCCUCGACUCGAUCUCGAUCCAGCCCGACCGCAUCCUCCUCCUCGACACCUUCUUCCACAUCCUCAUCUUUCACGGCGACACGAUCGCCCAGUGGCGCAAGGCGGGCUACCACGAGCAGGAAGGGUACGAGAACCUGGCGCAGCUCCUCGACGCGCCAAAGGAGGACGCGACCGAGCUCCUCCUCGACCGGUUCCCCGUCCCGCGGUACGUCAUCUGCGACCAGGGCGGGUCCCAGGCGAGGUUCCUCCUCUCCAAGCUCAACCCGUCGACGACGCACGUCUCGGGCGGCCAGUACGGCGCUCCUCCGGUCGGCCAGGUCGUCCUCACCGACGACGUCUCGCUCCAAGUCUUCAUGGAGCACCUCAAGAAGCUCGCAGUCACUGGUUCUUCCUGAGAAGGGAACGCGGGAUCUCGAGGAGAAAGUGCCGCAGUCGUCCUAUACCCCCUCUCUCUCGCCCUCUCUUCUCUCUCUCUCUCUCUUUGUGUGUCUCUCCUUGCAACGACCUGGCAGCAUUCCCUCUCUU